GCAUGCGCUGGAGCAAGCCUUCCUUUCUGCAAAAUUGUUCGCAAUGGCUCCGGUGAAAAAGCAGAGCACCAAGGGUGGCAAGAAGAAGAAGCAGGUCCUGAAGUUCACCCUGGACUGCACUCACCCGGUGGAAGAUGGCAUCAUGGACGCUGCUAACUUUGAGCAGUUCCUGCAGGAGCGCAUCAAGGUGAACGGAAAAGCCGGGAACCUGGGCGGCGGCGUGGUGACCAUUGAGAGGAGCAAGAGUAAAAUCACAGUGACUUCUGAAGUUCCCUUCUCCAAAAGAUACCUGAAAUAUCUGACGAAGAAGUACUUGAAGAAGAACAACCUGAGAGACUGGCUGCGUGUAGUGGCCAAUACCAAGGAGAGUUACGAGCUUCGCUACUUCCAGAUCAACCAGGAUGAGGAGGAGGAAGAGGAUGAAGAUUAAACCUGAUGGCUGCCCAUUUUGUAUCUUGGAAUUAAAAUCCCCAUCCUCAACAAA